AUGGGAUUGUGUUGCUCUUCUGCUGAUACUGUAGAUGAUCAUCAUACGAAUCAUCCACUGGAGGAUGAUGAGGAACGUCAUUCAAUAUCAAACUCUAAUUUACAAAAUACAACCCUAGAAUCUAUUAACAUUAGUUUACAUGGAAAAACCAAUAGCAAUACUGUAGCAUCAGUAACAUCAAGUCUUCGGAAUCAACAUUCCGUACAUAGUAGCUCUGAAGAGGAUCAUGAUCCGACCUCUCCAAAGAAGAAUCAAAAGAGAAAGAAGAAGAAUCGUUCAAAGAAGAGUUUAACCAGAAAGUUUUCAAAGUCAAGACAAGACGAAUUAGCAGCUUCGUUUGAAAAUUCACCAAGUAAUAGUCCAAGAACAAAUUACUAUUAUUACGAGGAUAUUGUCAAUACAGCUGAGAUGGAACAUGAUUCCGAUGAUCAACAUCCAUCCAAUCAUCAUGUUUCUCUAAAUCAUCCAACGAAUGGUGACUUAGAAUCAUUGAAAAUAUCAUCCCUUGCUAAUUCAUCCUAUUCAUCAGCUGUGAAAUAUUCUAGUAUUAUGAAAGGAAUUAAUCCAGCACUGGGGUCUUUAGUAUCAAGCAAUAGUACGAGUAGUCAUGGACAUCACCAUCAUCAUGUUCCUUCAUCUCCUUCAUUGUUGACAUUAAGUUUACAACAGCAACAAAUUAAACAACAUAUGGAGUCAAUGAAGAGAAAGCAAGGAGCAUCAAGAAGGACACUCUCAGAAUAUCAACAACCAAGCCAUUUAGAGGUUACUUCGAGCACUUCAAUGUUGAGUUUUAAUGAAAAAAAGCCAGUGAUUGAUUCAAAGAAACAACAAAUCUCUGAUUUUAAAAAGCCAUCAUCCAGUAACUUGAUUGUUAAAUUGGAAGAAUCUGAUGAAUCUGAAGAGGAAGAUAUGGACAUUUCUGAUGAAGAUGAAUCAUUGGAUUCUGUUCAACAAUUUGCCAAGAUUCAACAAGAAACUGGUACUAUUAGAAAGCAUCCACAAAAGGAAAAAUCUAGUACACUUCCACCUAAUAGUUUGGAUUUGAGCUCUGGUACAAAUUCUUGGUUUGCUAUUCCAAACAAUUUGCCUAAAGUGAAUAAGGUGAAAACAUCAAAAUCAAAUUCAAAGAAUCAAGUUGACUCAGAUACAACAUUACUUUUUAAAGUUGUUUUUAUUGGAGAUGGAGAAGUUGGUAAAAGUUCAUGUCUGUCAAGAUUUGAAGGAAAUACAUUCUCUAGUUCAACAAGAAGAACAGUUGGUUUGGAGUUUACAACCAGAUUUAUUGAUCAUACAGCAAAAACACAAGCUAAUAGCUUGACGGCAGCUUCUCCUCACAUGACAUCCACAAGUCCACAAGGAAGUAUUUUGUUCACUAACAAACACAAAAUUCAACUUCAAUUUUGGGAUAUGGGAUUCAGUAGUUAUCAGGAAGAAUCACUUUUCAGAGAAUACUUGAAAGAUAUUCAAUGUAUUAUCUGUGUUUAUUCUAUCAAUUCAGUUUCUAGCUUUGAAAGGCUGAAGCAAUUAUGGAACACUCAAGUGCUUCCUCAAUUAAUUAAGAACCACUAUCUACCACAUGUUAAAAUUGUUUUACUUGGAAAUAAGACUGAUCUUGACUGUGAACGAAGUGUUGACUUUAUUCAAGGUCUUGAGUUUGCAAGAGCUAUGAACAGAAGUAUUUUGAAUGCCAUCUCAUCAUCUCCUUCUCCAACCACCAUACCUCAAAAGGUUGCUAAUGUUUUUGAUGACAAAUCUAAUAAUGAAUUGAAAUCAUUCAAGAAUGAUCUUGGGGCUCUUUCAAAUACCAAUGUUGCAGCAAGUUUUGAGGAUAACAGUCUAACAGGAAAUUCAAUUUCUUCUGUAGAUGAUUGUGACAGGAUUGAUGCAGUCAAAUUUUUCGAAUGUAGUGCAAAAACUGGUCAAAAUCUUGAAACUUCCAUUCAAACUUUGGCUCACGAUUUAGAUAAUUACUUUUCCAAUUAUUUAUUAUAAUUUAAAACACAAAAGAGAGGUGUAAAUAUUUUCGAACAAUUUUGAAACAAAAUAAAUGUAAAUUU